GGAGUGUCUGAGGUGGUCAGUGUGCAAUCCGUCGAGACUCAGCCCCUGCCCCACUUGAGAGGCCAGGGUUCCUGAGUCUGGCGAUGGGAUGGUGCCUGGUGACUGCCCCCACCUGUGGUGCCGCACCACGAGGCUCUGGGGAGGCUUUGCAGAAGUUGAAGUUGGAGGGGUGGAGCGGAGGCAGGGCCAUUUUGUCACCCUGACUGGGAAGACAGAUGGAAGAGGCCAAGAGGAAUUGGGCUCCUACUGAGCGCUUCUGGGGCCAGGCUCACGAGGGGAAGGUGGCUGAGCCACAAUCAGGAGCAGGCCCCUGCCCUUCUGGGUCUAAACUGUGCCAAAGGAAGAUUCUGUGAGGGCCACAGGUUGUGGGGGUCCAAGGAAACCAUGGUUCCAGCCCGGGCAUCUCAUCCCGGGAUUGGGUGACCUCUCCAAGGCAGAAAUGCUAUGCACCUGGAUUCCUCCAGAAUGGUCCGAGUGCCAGGGCAGCCUCUUUCUUGGUAGGGAGGGAAAUGGGGCAAGGGCUGCCCUGCAAUGACAGUUCUCCUUCAGGAGCUGCCAGAUCCUGAGGAGCAUCUUGUGUCCUUCCAGGCUCACACCUUCCCAGCAGAAAGUGAUUAGGUGCCUGGCGCAGGGUGACAGUCUCAUAGGAUCUGAGUCUGUGACACCUGCUAGUUCCAAAGCAUCAUUGACGUAGCCCAGGAUCAGAGAGGAUAAAGCUAGGUAAGAUUUUCUUGAGAAAAGCACUCCCUGAGGACACAAAUUGGUGGGAGCUGCAGUCUGGGCCCCCCUCUGUGUGCAGAAUCAAGUCAUGGGCAUGGGUACCCCCAACAACACCCCCAGUAGCAGAGGUUGUAGGAGGAGAACCAGGACCUGGGAGCAGUAAGUGGAGACUCGGACUCGCUUUCUCCAGAGGCCCAUGGGGUCUACCCUGGCACUGCCUCUGGGCUUCACAGUUGUCCCCUGAUGCUGGUGUCCUGAGGGCUGUUUCUCUGUGCUGCCCCCACAAUCCCUGCACACCCACCAAGGGCCCCAGUGCUGGGUCUGGUUGCCAUUUAGGUGGAUGUGCCAGUGCCCCUGAGCUAAGGUCUCCCUGACCAUCCUUCCAGCUUCUUCUACAUCACUGCGGACACAUUGGUAUCGUUUGGCCACCUUGCCAUUGUUUUUUUGUCUGCUUGCUCCUCUGGAGGGUUUAGCGCCAUGAGGACAGAGGCCUCUGACUCCCUUAGCACUGGACAUGCUGAUGGGUAAAAGAGAAUGGUGGUGAUAACAGUGAACCCCUGAGGCUGUCUCCUGGUGGGCUAGCUGGAGAUGGGUUUGCAGCUAUGGGAAUGGAAGGAGGCUGGCUGGACCCACCCAGAGGAGUAGGAACAAGGGGCUUCUGCAGGGAGGUUUCCAGGGUAGUGGGAUAGAGGCUGUGCAAGUUUAUGCAGCCUGCUUCAGCCCCUUUAAGGCUGCAGCCUCUUCCCCUUCCUCCCACCCCCCGCCCAUUUUGACCUGCCCUGACAUAACUAUCCUGAUGCCUCUGUCCCUGAGCCAGUCUGGGAUCCGCUGGGGCCUGGCUCCUCCGUCCUCCAUCUGGCCUCAUUUGACUUACCCAACAAACUUCCUAAACCUGGACGGGGUGUCAGGUACGAGUGAAGGCCCUGGUGCUGCAUGCCCCAACUCUGCAGCCCUGUCCAGGACAGCUCCAGCCUCCCACGUGUGGGCCAGCCCCCGCCCGUUUGUCCAGGCCAGGGAGCGGGAGGGAGAAGCUCUUGUGCACAAAGAUGGACAGUUCAGUCUUGCCUCCAAGAGCUUCUGGACAGGGAGGCAGACACCCCCUUGUUACCUGGGCGGCCAGCAGAGGCUGCUCCUGAGGCAGCCCCCAGGAGCGGCCCCUCUUCAGUGUGUGAACCUCAUGUGGAAUCUUCUCUUCACUGAGCCCCCAUGGUAGAAGCCAAGUCAGGAAAAAGGCUGAAAAGGAGGCUGGGGACCUAGGGGUGCAGACCCCUUCACACGCUGCAGUAAAGAUCUUUUGGCUGACCUACCCUUGCUGAGGCUGGGGCUGAACCCGUUCUUCCUCCUGCUGCCAGGCUAGGGAAUGACUGUGUCCCCUGGCUGAACAUGCAGCACUGGGUGGCCUUGGGGGACAUACUGGAGCCUCCCCUGCAGGGGGUGGGGCAGGUGGGUAGAGUUUCAGGUUUGUUUAUGCCUCUAGAAGGCACCUUGGGGCCAAGGGUCUGACACUCAGCAUUGGCAUUCAGCAAGCCUUGGCCAGGAGAGACCUCAGAUUUCCCUGUUCCAGUGUGGGGGGUAGUAGGAGAGGAUUGGCUUUACAGUCCCAAGCAGGCCUGGGGUCUGGAGAUUUUUCCACAGCGCUCUAGGAGGGGUGCACCGAGGUCCUCAGCACACACUGGGCCAGCAGUGUGCCAGCCGGUGCACAGGAGAGCAGUUCACACCCAGGGCCAGCCACACGACACUGUUCUUUUCAGCAGGGUCAGUGCUAUUAAUACCAGCAGAGCACACAGCCCCCAGCCGGGUGAUCCUCUUAAUGCCCGUGGCCUCAGCCUCUAAGGCCGGCACUGAGUACUGUUCCUCCACACGAGGGGCUCUUAGGACCCCACCCCAGCUCCUCAUCUGCGGUGCUGCCAGCCCACACAUGGAGGGACAGUUCAGUUGUCUCCUGAGCUGUCCUAGGGGACUACUGUGGGUCUAAAUGGCACUGUGGAGAUACUCCUGCGCCCACCUGGAUCACCCUGCUGUCUGCUGUCCCCGGUGUCCCAGCCAUGAGCAGCCCCCCAGCUUACCCUGACAUCAGGAUCUCGGGGUGCUGGGCCCUUGGAGCAGAAGGCAGCAGCAAUGCGGAAUCCUUGGACAGGCUUCUCCCAGCUGUGGGCACCAGGCGCUCACCCCGGAAGCGCACCACCAGCCAGUGCAAGUCUGAGCCGCCCCUGCUGCGUACCAGCAAGCGCACCAUUUACACAGCAGGGCGGCCUCCCUGGUACAAUGAACAUGGCACCCAGUCCAAGGAGGCCUUCGCCAUCGGCCUGGGAGGUGGCAGCGCCUCUGGGAAGACGACUGUGGCCAGGAUGAUCAUUGAAGCCCUGGAUGUGCCCUGGGUGGUCUUGCUGUCCAUGGACUCCUUCUACAAGAGCCCCUGGGUCCUCCCCCUCCAGGUGCUCACCACGCAGCAGCAGGAGCAGGCCGCCCACAACAACUUCAACUUCGACCAUCCAGACGCCUUUGACUUUGAUCUCAUCGUGUCCACCCUCAAGAAGCUGAAGCAGGGCAAGAGUGUCAAGGUUCCCGUGUACGACUUCACCACUCACAGCCGGAAAAAAGACUGGAAAACACUCUACGGUGCAAACGUCAUCAUCUUUGAGGGCAUCAUGGCCUUUGCUGACAAGACGCUGCUGGAGCUCCUGGACAUGAAGAUCUUUGUGGACACAGACUCUGACAUCCGCCUUGUGCGACGGCUGCGCCGGGACAUCAGUGAGCGAGGCCGAGACAUCGAGGGUGUCAUCAAGCAGUACAAUAAGUUCGUCAAACCUGCCUUCGACCAGUACAUCCAGCCCACCAUGCGUGUGGCAGACAUCGUGGUGCCCUGGGGGAGCGGGAACACGGUGGCCAUCGACUUGAUCGUGCAGCACAUGCACAGCCAGCUGGAGGAGCGUGAGCUCAGUGUCAGAGGAAGCUGCGCUGGGAUAUGGCUGCGCUGGCCUCGGCGCACCAGUGCCACCCUCUGCCCCAGACGCUCAGUGUCCUCAAGAGCACGCCACAGGUGCGAGGCAUGCACACCAUCAUCAGCUCUGCCGGCCCGCAGGGACAAGGAGACCAGCCGGGACGAAUUCAUCUUCUACUCGAAGAGGUUGAUGCGGCUGCUCAUCGAGCACGCGCUCUCCUUCCUACCCUUCCAGGACUGCGUGGUGCAGACCCCACAGGGGCAGGACUACGCUGGCAAGUGCUAUGCGGGGAAGCAGAUCACCGGCGUGUCUAUCCUGCGGGCCGGUGAGACGAUGGAGCCUGCGCUGCGGGCCGUGUGCAAAGACGUCCGCAUAGGCACCAUCCUCAUCCAGACCAACCAGCUCACUGGGGAGCCCGAGCUCCACUACCUGAGGCUACCCAAGGACAUUAGUGACGACCACGUGAUCCUGAUGGACUGCACCGUGUCCACGGGCGCGGCAGCCAUGAUGGCUGUGCGGGUGCUCCUGGACCAUGAUGUGCCUGAGGACAAGAUCUUCCUGCUGUCGCUGCUAAUGGCAGAGAUGGGUGUUCACUCGGUGGCCUACGCUUUCCCGCAAGUGAGAAUCAUCACCACAGCUGUGGACAAGCACGUCAGCGACCUCUUCCGCAUCAUCCCCGGCAUCGGGAACUUCGGUGACCGCUACUUCGGGACCGACGCGGUUCCCGAUGGCAGUGACGAGGAAGAAGCGGCCUCUACGAGCUAGCCCGAGCCUCCCGGCUCUGGCCCCCACCGAGCCUCUUCCUGCCUCGUGGCCUUGCUUACAGAGAUGUCGUAACUUACUUUAGUUAAAAAAAAAAAGAUGUUACCCGUUAUAGUGUAAUUUACUCUGUACAUUUUAUAAAAUAAAGUUUGGGGAAAUGAA